AUGCACCGCCAACAGCCUAUCCAUUCCGACAGGCUAGAAGACGACGAACUUAGUUCCGGCCUGGUCAAAUGGAGUCCUUCGGGGCGUCAACGUGCUAUCAUGGCGACAGCCUCCAUCUUGUCACUCAUGGUCGCCCUCGACGCCUGUAUCAUUGUGACUUCUUUACAAGCCAUCGUGGCGGACCUCGCGCUCAGCACAUACGACGGCUUCUGGAUAGGGACGGCGUACCUCCUGGCGAACGCCGUAAUGAUGCUGUUCAUUUCGGACGCAAGCCGCGUGUUCGGUAGGCGGCCAUGUCUGACCGUCUCGGUCGCCCUGUUCGCUCUCGGUACCAUCUUCUGCUGCGUUGCGCAUUCGAUCGGCUUCAUGUUGGUUGGGAGGUCUCUUCAAGGCGUGGGCGGUGCCGGCAUCAUCGUCUUGUGCCUGUUGAUUUUCACCGACUUCGUCCCUUUGCCCGUUCGGCCAACGUGGUACGGCUUAGUACAGGCAGCAUGGGCAUUGGGCAACUGCGUUGGGCCCAUACUGGGCGGCGUCAUUGCUCAACACACAACGUGGCGUUGGGUCUUCUACAUCAUGUUCCCAUUUUGCGUGGCCGGACUGAUUCUCGUGCCGUGGCUAGUUAAUAUUGAUCCUCCCGCUGACGAUGUACGGGAGAAACUAAAGAAGAUGGACUGGCUAGGAAACUCUCUGUUUAUUGGUUCGGCCAUUUUGUUGUUGGUGGCCGUCUCCUGGGGAGGCUUGCGCUACAGCUGGGGCAGCGCCGGCACUCUUGCACCGUUGUUGCUCGGGGUACUCGGCAUGGCGCUGACUAUGAUCUACGAGUCAUGCUUCGCAGUCUUACCGUUCUUGCAGCGCCGACUUUUCCAAACCGCCAGCUCCGUCGCGACGUAUGCUUGCGGCGCCAUCCAAGGCCUCGUGAUGUAUGGGCAGCUUUAUUACGUGCCCCUUUACUUUAUGGACGUCAAAGGCUUUACCCCGGUCCAGACCGGCAUCGCACUCUUCCCGGUCAUGUUCACGCUGGUGCCGGCAUCGAUCAUCACCGGUCGACUCGUCACGGUACUCGACAACUAUCAGUGGCCGAUCUGGGUCGGCUGGACUCUGGCUACCAUUGCCUCCGGGCUGAUGAUGCUGUGGGAUGUCGACACGCCAACGAAGAACAUGGCAUCGCAAGCUCUCUGCGACAAGGACGACGAAGCGAUCGCCGCAGCGAUGUAUGCCUUUCUCCGACAGUUUGGCAUGGCACUCGGAGUCGGCGUGGGCGGUUCCACCUUUCAGAAUGUGGUGCUGCGCAAGUUGGAAGACGAUGGCUUGGCACCCGCAGGGACGCACGGAGGUACCCAUGCUCUAUCCGCCAUGUUGAGCGCUGUCGGCGACGCUGGGCUGGGAUCCAAGAUCGUAGAUGCGUACGUCUACGGCCUGCGUGGCGUCUAUGGAUUGUAUGUCGGCGUCUCCGGACUGGCGCUCUUGAUGAGUCUCUUCAUCAGGAGCGCGUCAAUGGAUAGACGCCUACGAACUGAACACGCGUUGCACACUCAGGUGACGGGCCGCGGAAGUAUUCACGGUUCCAGGAGUUGA